AUGUACUUUUCUAAUAGUAUACCAUCACCUCUUGUUAGAUUCAUCCACGCAACUCAUUUAGUAGUGAUCGAUAAUGUCAAGGAUGAAGACGGGAAAACGAAUGCGGAGUGGCAACAGAACAAGUCAUCAUGUGUUGCCUUCACAGACAGCGAGAGGCUGAUUGGCGAUGCAGCAAAGAACCAGAUUGCGAUGAAUGUGAAGAAUACAGUCUUUGAUGCAAAGAGACUGAUUGGAAGACGCUUCAGUGAUCCAGCAAUUCAACAGUGA